GGUGCUAGUGAUGGUAUCAUUGCUAUCAGUAGCCCAUCGACUGGUUUAACAGUGCGUCUACUUAACGACCAUAAAGGUGCUCCAAUAAGCGAUCUACACUCCACAAUUAGAGAUCGGCAAUAUAGCGUGUCUAGYCCAAUGCUUUGGCUGGCCGCAAGCAAAGACAGUAGAGUGAGUAUAUGGAGUGCCAAAUGGUCACAAGACUUCUGUGAGCUCGUUGAUUGGUUGUCCUUCCCAACCCCUUCCAUUGCACCUGAUGGCAAAGCAUUACGAAGAGGGGACCUGCCUCAAUACGAUCGAUUACCUCCAAGUCUAGCGCGAUUCUCGCCCUCUGACCCUGACAUCGUUAUUUUCACUGGGUACUCAAUGCAAAGAGCUGUUCAGUUCUACAGCUUAACGCAGAGAAAGGUCAUAAGAACAGCAGUUCUGACUCACUGGGCGACUUCAAUGGAUGUCUCACCUCUAGGAAACCUUAUCGCUUUUGGCACGCACGAACGUCUUGUUCAAAUGAUGGAUUACGACGAGGGAAGAUUUCAAGACUUUGUAGGACCUAGUGAUACUGUAUCUAAAGUGUGUUUCUCGCCAACUGGCAAGCUUCUCUAUGCUGUUAGCUACUUGGCGUUGCUUGCAUGGGAUGUAGUUGUGUAGUGUGGUCUGGAUAGAGAUCAAGAUGCAGACUUUGUCAUCACUCUAGUGCGAUAACAUUAGCAUUAACACAAGGCUCCGUGUUCGGUUAUGAGCUACUGUUUUGUUCUGUGCAUUCUCUGGCUUAUAAUCUCAAAAGUAUAUAAUUUAUUUUUGUAAAAUAUUAGGUUAAUCUUUUCUCAUUGUCCAACCAACAGUGUUUUACAGCCAGUUCUUUCAUAAUGURAUUGAUAGCAGAUUUAUGUAGAAACAAGUUAAAGAAAAAGAAAAUAUAUAAUUGAGAACUUGAAACUAUUGUAGCAAUGUUUUAUGUGUCACUAUGUGCUAACUUGUGURUGUGCRCCUGUUUGUCCUUGAGUUAAAAACAAGCCAUUCACAUU